CUUUCCGCAUCUGCUUCUGCUCUCCUACCGGUCCCACCGCACCCUCCCGGUGCCGCUGCUUCCGCCUGGCCGGCUUUCCCUUUCUCGCCAGUUGCCGCUCAUCCAUCCCGGGUCCCUUCGUUUAUCCUGCUCCUCCGCCAGCCCUGCAGGAAGCCGAGACUCCUCACGAAGCGUAGAGGUGGGAGGUGGAGGGGAGGGGUGGGCCCUGGCGCCGCGGUCCCGCCCCUCGUGCGUGUGUGAAUGUCUGUGUGGCGGUGACGCGGCGCCGGCGGAGAGCGAGGCGAGCGGAUCGCCGGGGCUGCUCGGCUCCUGCGCGCCCUCGCGCUCCCCGCCGCCCGCCCAGGCGCAGGCAGGGCGCAGGCGGCGGCGGGCGGCAUGGAGAGCUUGCUGGAGAACCCGGUGCGCGCCGUGCUCUACCUCAAGGAGCUCACGGCCAUCGUGCAGAACCAGCAGAGCCUCAUCCACACGCAGCGCCAGCGCAUCGACGAGCUGGAGCGGCGGCUGGACGAGCUAAGCGCCGAGAACCGCAGCCUGUGGGAGCACCAGCAGCUGCUGCAAGCCGUGCCUCCGCCCGGGCUCGUCCCCCCGUCACCAGCCCCGCUGCCGGCCACCCCGGCCACCGCCGCCUCCGGGGCCCAGGAACAGCUCCGGGACCACGGACAGCUCCCGCCCACCGCGCCCGAGAAGCCCCCGCUUCAGCACCACGGACAGCUCCUGGCGCAGCCCCAGCCGGGCCCCAGCGGCAGGGCUCACGCAUCCCAGCCGCCCCACCACCACCCGGCGGGGCCAGGGGCCGUCGCCGACAAGGAGAAGGAGCGUCCCCCGAGCUGUUGCGCCGCUGCUGGAACCCUCCUUCAGCACAAAUCCCCCGCCGCCCUCGGCAAGGGCGUCCUGAGCAGGAGACCCGAGAAUGAGACCGUGCUGCACCAGUUCUGCUGCCCAGCCGCCGACGCCGAGCAGAAGCCCGCCUGCUCUGACCUGGCCUCCCAAAGUGACGGCUCCUGCGCCCAGGCCGGUGCGGGCACGGAGGACUCCGUGGCGGCGGCGGCGGCGGCGGCGGCCGGCAGACCCAGUGCCCACGCCCCGAAGGCUCAAGCCCAGGAGCUGCAGGAGGAGGAGAAGCGGCCGGGGGCGGGGGGCGCCUCCCCGCGGGCCGGCCUCCACUGCGCGGCCUCCCCCAGCAGGCAGCAGCCUGUCCCGGCAGCUGCGCUCUGCGCCCGCGCCCCUGCCGCCUCCGAUUACGAACUCUCCCUUGACCUAAAGAAUAAACAGAUUGAAAUGCUAGAACACAAGUACGGGGGCCACCUGGUGUCCCGGCGCGCCGCUUGCACCAUCCAAACCGCCUUCCGUCAGUACCAGCUCAGCAAGAACUUCGAAAAGAUCCGCAACUCGCUCCUGGAGAGCCGCCUGCCGCGGCGCAUCUCCCUGCGCAAGGCGCGCGCGCCCACGGCCGAGAGCCUGGCGGCCGAGAGGGCGCUCCUGGAGGGCUGCGGCCUCUCGGGGCUGCCGCUGGCGCGCUCGCCCUCCCUGCCGCCCACCAUCGCGGGCACACUCACCGAACUGGAGGACUCCUUCACCGAGCAGGUGCAGUCCCUGGCCAAGUCCAUCGACGACGCCCUCAGCACCUGGAGCCUCAAGACCGUGUGCUCCCUGCAGGAGAGCGGCGCUUACCAGGUCCACAGGGCCCUGCGCGCGGGCACGGGGCCGCCGGGCCUGGACACCGAGGCGCGGGAGCCCGAGGGCGCCCACUCGGGGGACUGGGCCGAGCCCACCGAGCCCGCCGGCCCGCCCCAGGGCCACGGCAGCACCCUCAUGAUGGCCUUCCGGGACGUCACCGUGCAGAUCGCCAGCCGGAACAUCUCCGUCUCCUCCUCUACGGCUCUGUCCGUGGCCAACUGCCUGGGCGCGCCGACGGCCUCAGCCCCUGCAGAGUCCGCGGCGGGCAAGGCCGAGCAGGACGAGGCCGGCGGGCAGGAGGCCCUGGAGGCCCCCAGCGCCGGCCAGGAGGACGUGCCCGCCGAGGGCGCGAGCGCAGAGGCGGGAGCCGACGGGGCCCUGCGCGCCAGCCCGCCGGGAGCCGCGGUGCCGGCGGCGGAGGAGGAGGAAGACGGAGAGGAGGAGGCCGAGGAGGCGGGGAAAGGGGCGGAGGCCGAGGCCGGCGACAGCUCGGAGCAGCUGAGCAGCAGCAGCGCGUCCACCAAAUCGGCAGCGUCGGCCUCGGCCUCCAAGGAGGCCCUGCAGGCCAUGAUCCUGAGCCUGCCGCGCUACCACUGCGAGAACCCGGCCAGCUGCAAGUCUCCCACGCUCUCCACCGACACCCUGCGCAAGCGGCUCUACCGCAUCGGCCUCAACCUCUUCAACAUAAACCCGGACAAGGGCAUCCAGUUCCUGAUCUCUCGAGGCUUCAUCCCCGACACGCCCAUCGGAGUGGCCCAUUUCCUGCUCCAGCGUAAGGGCCUGAGCCGCCAGAUGAUCGGAGAGUUCCUGGGCAACAGCAAGAAGCAGUUCAACCGCGACGUGCUCGACUGCGUGGUGGACGAGAUGGACUUCUCUGCCAUGGAGCUGGACGAGGCCCUGCGCAAGUUCCAGGCGCACAUCCGCGUGCAGGGCGAGGCCCAGAAGGUGGAACGGCUCAUAGAGACCUUCAGCCAGCGCUACUGCAUGUGCAACCCCGAGGUGGUGCGGCAGUUCCACAACCCGGACACCGUCUUCAUCCUGGCCUUCGCUGUCAUCCUCCUCAACACCGACAUGUAUAGCCCCAACAUUAAGCCCGACCGGAAGAUGAUGCUGGAGGACUUCAUCCGAAACCUGCGAGGUGUGGAUGACGGGGCUGACAUCCCCAGGGAGCUGGUGGUCGGCAUCUACGAAAGGAUUCAGCAGAAGGAGCUCAAGUCGAACGAGGACCACGUCACGUAUGUCACCAAGGUGGAGAAGUCCAUCGUGGGCAUGAAGACAGUGCUGUCAGAGCCCCAUCGCCGCCUGGUCUGCUGCAGCCGGCUCUUCGAGGUGACGGAUGUGAACAAGCUGCAGAAGCAGGCCGCACACCAGAGGGAGGUGUUCCUCUUCAACGACCUGCUGGUGAUUCUCAAACUCUGCCCCAAGAAGAAGAGCUCCUCCACGUACACCUUCUGCAAGUCCGUGGGCCUCCUGGGCAUGCAGUUCCACCUCUUUGAGAAUGAGUAUUACUCUCACGGCAUCACACUGGUGACCCCGCUCUCGGGCUCCGAGAAGAAGCAGGUGCUGCACUUCUGCGCCCUGGGCUUGGACGAAAUGCGGAAGUUUGUGGAGGACCUGAAGGAGUCCAUCGCGGAGGUGACGGAGCUGGAGCAGAUCCGGAUAGAGUGGGAGCUGGAGAAGCAGCAAGGAACGAAGACCCUCUCGUUCAAGGCCGGGGGAGCCCAGGGGGAGCCACGGUCAAAGCAGGGAUCGCCCACAGCCAAAAGGGAAGCGGCACCGGCAGAGAAGGCGGCGGAGAGCACGGCGGAGGUUUUAAUCAAUGCCUCCCCAGCCCGACUCACCAUUUUACCAAUUUCAAGAGAUACAAUUAAAAGUUACUGCUAG